CUUGGGAAGGUCCGCGUCUCCGGCCUUUGGCCGCCAUUUUGAGAGGGCCUUGUUAAAACAAAAAACCGCAAACAAACAAAAAGAGGCAGGGAUGAAAGCGGGACAAGAUGCUUCUCCCUCGACUUCUCUGUUGUUUGAUUUAUAUCCUGCUUUUUUGCCAAGGAUUUUCAGGUGGUGUUCAUGCCUGUGACCUCACUUGUCCUUCCAACAACCCUGUGAGGAACAAUUCCCCAGGCGCCGUCCACAAAAGGACAUGGCCAAGUCUUACGAUCACCUCUUCAAACUGUUGCUGAUCGGAGACAGUGGCGUCGGCAAGACUUGCCUGAUCAUCCGCUUUGCGGAGGACAACUUCAGCGGCACGUACAUCAGCACCAUUGGGAUUGACUUUAAGAUUCGGACAGUGGAAAUUGAGGGCAAGAGGAUCAAGCUGCAAGUUUGGGACACAGCGGGCCAGGAACGCUUCAAGACCAUCACCACGGCCUAUUACCGAGGAGCCAUGGGGAUUAUCCUUGUAUAUGAUAUCACAGAUGAAAAGUCCUUCGAGAAUAUCCAGAAUUGGAUGAAGAGCAUCAAAGAGAACGCAUCCGCUGGCGUGCAGCGCCUCCUGCUAGGAAACAAGUGCGACAUGGAGAACAAGCGCAAGGUGCCCCGGGAUCGAGCAGAGAAGCUGUCCAAGGAGCACGGGAUCAGGUUCUUCGAGACCAGCGCCAAAUCCAGCUUGAAUGUAGAGGAGGCUUUCAGAACCUUGGCCCGGGACAUCCUUCUGAAAUCAGGCAGGAAGCCGGCUCAGCAGAUCAAGGGAUCUUUGGACCCAAAAGAACUGCAGAAAACCAGCAGUAAAUGUUCUUUGGUGUAGUUUGCAGCCGGCUCGGGACAAGGGGCUUGCUGCCCUCCACCGCUCCAGAGGCCUCGACACCCAUGGUCCCCGUCACUCCAACAUGGCUUCUUUUUUUCGAUGGAGACCUGCAAGUCCUGUCGGGCUGGACCCCAGGGACUGCUGGCGGCUGGAGGCCAAGACCACUCCCGCUUUCCUUCCUGAUCCUGUGCUCUUUCCGCUGAGGAAUCCUAACGGAUUGAAAGCAGGGAUCGCAGGAAAGGGACAAGGGUAUUCGAGGAGGGAUCGGGGAGGGAUCUGAAGACACUGGUUGGGGGUGGGGUUAAGACGUGGGGGAGAUUUGCCACGGAGACCAAGCCACGGUGGAGCCAAACACGCUGGGCGAUCCCCGAAGCCCUGGAAUUUUCCGGGGCACUGCAGAAUUUCGACCUUCUCUUCCCUAACCCAGCCUGUCUCGCAGGAACGUCUUCACACACUACCCUGGGACUCUGUGCUAUAUUACUCAUCGGAAACACUCCAGGAUCCGAAGGGGAAAGAGGGUCUCUCGGUGGUGUGCUUGUGCGGAACACUCCAGCUGGGCACAGAUCAGCCCGUUCACAUGUGCCUCUCUCACUCUUCGGUUUCCUUUUUGUAAUCUUUUGGACAGUAUUAAAUAUUUGCAGUGA